AUUCACCUGAAAUAGAUUUACAAAAAUUACAUUAUUUGAAUUUUGCGGUUUUGCCAUUUGUUUUGUCGAUUGCCAAAAUUAUUUAUCCUCACCAAUUAAAACAACAACAUUGAACAUGUUAUCUUUGAUUUAUUUCAUUAGUAUACAUCAAAUAAUUCUUUGUGCCAGUGAUUAUGCUAAUUUCGACAUGAAAUUCGAUCAUUAUUUACGUCCAGAUGAACCGGAUCUACCAAUGUUUGAUGAUUCCAACUAUCAAGGUCAUUAUGAUGAUCUAGGUCAACAUUACAGUGAAUAUGAUCAUGAUCUCAUCACUGGUUCACAUGAAUAUGCACAGAAAUUUAAAGAAUUAGAUCCAGAAGAAGCAAAAUUACAAUUAGGCAAAUUAUUUCACAAAAUUGAUAUUGAUAAUAAUAUGAAAAUUGAUAAAAAUGAAUUGAAAAAUUGGAUUAUUCAAUCGUUUAUUUCACUUGAUAUGGAAGCAUCAAAACCACGUUUUAAAGAAUACGAUACAAAUGGUGACAGUCAAAUUACUUGGUCUGAAUAUACAAAUAAAAUUUAUGGUUAUACAGAACAAGAAUUGGAAGAUUUUCGCAAAGAUAGCAAAAAUGAAACUAAACUAUUUAUUCAGUCAUUAGAUGAAGAAAAAUUGAAAUUCGACUCGGCGGAUCAAGAUAAAUCUGGUUAUUUAAAUGAAAUGGAAUUUGUAGCAUUUGAACAUCCACAUAAUUAUCGUCAUAUGGCACCGUAUGAAUUAAAGCAUACUUUAAGAGAUUUUGAUAAAGAUAAAGAUGGUUUUAUUAGUGAAGUGGAAUAUUUAGCUGAUGAUAAAAUGAAUAAAGAUGCAUUGAUCAUAGAAAGGGAGAAUUUUAAAAAUUACGAUCUAAAUAAUGAUGGGAAAUUAGAUGAAUCGGAAAUGGCAUUAUGGGUUACACCAGGUUUUGAUAAAACAGCUACCGAUGAAAUGGAACAUUUAUUCAAUGAAACUGAUAAAGAUAAAGAUAGUUUAUUAACAAAAGAUGAAGUGAUUCAACAACAUGAUUUAUGGGUUGGAAGUCAAGCAACAGAUUAUGGAAGACAUUUAGAGAAUUUACCAAAAGAUGAAUUGUAAUCAAUGUGACUUUAAAACAUUAUUAUGAAAUCAAAUUUUAUUGAAACUAUACUGAUCAAUACGUAUAU